AUGCUGGUACCUCCAUGGCUGGAGCAAUUGCUAAGCACCUCAUUCUUCUCAGUCUGCCGUACUCAUGGAGACGCAGCCAGAAGUGAGUGCAACAUGUUCUGCUUAGAUUGCAGUGGUGAUGCUUUUUGCUUCUAUUGCCGUUCCUCUAGACACAAAGAUCACCAAGUCAUUCAGAUAAGGAGAUCUUCAUACCAUGAUGUGGUGAGAGUUUCAGAGGUACAGAAGGUAUUGGAUAUAAGUGGAGUUCAAACAUAUGUUAUAAACAGUGCCAGAGUUAUGUUUCUGAAUGAGAGGCCUCAGCCUAAGGCUGGGAACAAAGGGGUUCCUCACAUUUGUGAAAUCUGUGGCAGAAGCCUCUUGGAUACAUUUCGUUUCUGCUCACUGGGCUGUAAGCUUGUAGGGAUAAAGAGAAAUGGGGAUGCAAACUUUACCUUGGAGGCAAAGAAUGAGGAGGGAAAUGGGAGAAGAGAAGGAAGAGGGGCAAUGAGAGAGGAAGAAGAGUUGCGUGAAGGCUCACAACAAGACAUAUACCCGCCCACGCCGCCUCCACCUCCUUCCACAACAAGAAGAAGAAAAGGCAUUCCACAUAGGGCACCCUUUGGGUCCUAA